GUGGAAUUCUUAAUAGAUUCUCCAAAGAUAUAGCAAUUUUGGAUGAUCUUCUGCCUCUUACCAUAUUUGACUUCAUCCAGUUGUUAUUAAUUGUGAUCGGAGCUGUAGCAGUUGUCUCAGUUUUACAACCCUACAUCUUCCUGGCAACUGUGCCAGUGAUAGCAGCUUUUGUUAUGCUUCGGGCAUACUUCCUCCAUACUUCACAGCAGCUCAAACAACUAGAAUCUGAAGGUAGGAGUCCAAUUUUCACUCAUCUUGUUACAAGCUUAAAAGGACUAUGGACACUUCGUGCUUUUGGACGGCAGUCUUACUUUGAAACUCUGUUCCACAAAGCUCUGAAUUUACAUACUGCCAACUGGUUCUUGUAUCUAUCAACACUGCGCUGGUUCCAAAUGAGAAUAGAAAUGGUUUUUGUCAUCUUCUUCAUUAUUGUUACCUUCGUUUCCAUUUUAACAACAGGUGAAGGAGAAGGAUCAGUUGGUAUUAUUCUAACUUUAGCCAUGAAUAUCAUGAAUACAUUGCAGUGGGCUGUAAACUCCAGUAUUGAUGUGGAUAGCUUGAUGCGAUCUGUGAGCAGAGUCUUUAAGUUUAUUGACAUGCCAACAGAAGAAGGUCAACCUACCAAAUCAAUCAAACCAUCCAAGAAUGGCCAGCUCUCGAAAGUUAUGAUUAUUGAGAAUCAACAUGUGAAGAAAGAUGACAUCUGGCCCUCAGGGGGCCAAAUGACUGUCAGAGACCUCACAGCAAAAUAUGUGGAUGGUGGAAAUGCCAUAUUGGAGAACAUUUCCUUCUCAAUAAGUCCUGGCCAGAGGGUGGGCCUCCUGGGAAGAACUGGAUCAGGAAAGAGUACUUUGUUAUCAGCUUUUUUGAGACUGCUGAACACUGAAGGAGAAAUCCAGAUUGAUGGUGUGUCUUGGGAUUCAAUAACUUUGCAGCAGUGGAGGAAAGCCUUUGGAGUGAUACCACAGGUUGGACUCAGAUCUGUGAUAGAGCAGUUUCCCGGGAAGCUUGACUUUGUCCUUGUGGAUGGGGGUUAUGUACUGAGCCAUGGCCACAAGCAGUUGAUGUGCUUGGCCAGAUCUGUUCUCAGUAAGGCAAAGAUCUUACUGCUUGAUGAGCCCAGUGCUCAUCUGGAUCCCAUAACAUACCAAAUAAUUAGAAGAACUAUAAAACAAGCAUUCGCUGAUUGCACAGUAAUCCUCUGUGAACACAGGAUAGAAGCAAUGUUAGAAUGUCAACGAUUUUUGGUCAUAGAAGAGAACAAAGUGCGACAGUACGAUUCCAUCCAGAAACUGCUGAAUGAGAAGAGCCUCUUCCGACAGGCCAUCAGCUCCUCUGACAGGGUAAAGCUCUUCCCACACCGCAACUCCAGCAAGCACAAGUCUCGAUCCCAAAUUGCUGCUCUGAAGGAGGAGACAGAAGAAGAGGUCCAAGACACCCGUCUCUAA